GCUUUUGUUGUAAGGUGUGUACGAGUGAACUUUUUCUUCGCUUGCUACUGGCUAUUCCAGUGAAUUGACAAAUGGCAAACUAAAGAAAAGUGUCAGAAAAUAUUCUCAAAAGCAAUAACAUUGAAUUUUAUUUUCAUAUUUGCAAGUAAAGGUAUAAUUAAAAUUUAAAAAUAAACCACGUAGUUAAAUCGCAGUGCUGGAGAAAUCAAAGCGAAUAUGUAUAAGGUCGGGUCGGACGUUCGUAGCGCAAAUUUAUCACACAUUCUGUGUAUCAUUAAAAUUUAAUUGCAUCGCUCUGUGUAAGGUGCAAAGUGUAUGAAAUUAGUGCGAUUUGCAUGCGUUUUGCAACUUGAAACACAAAACAUUAGUGCAUUUGUUGUGUAUUCGCGACGUAGGAAGGUUUACCAUCUGCAUUCUCAUUCAGCUAUGAAAAAGAAACGCCUCAUGAAGCUACUGGUGGCUCUUGUCCUCACUGUGAUGUUUACCGUUUCUUUGCUAAAAUUAGUUCUUUUGCUUUGGAGUACAUAUCCAACUUGGCUAUAUGCCGAUCCAUCGCCGCCCGAUGAGCCCACUACAGUGGAUGAAUGGCUGGAGCAACAGAAAUUGUCACAGUAUAAGCAACUCUUCCGGGACAAAGGCAUCUCCUCUUUGUCCAGUUGCGGUGAUCCGGAGCGUCUACCCGAAUUGCCGCCCGGCGAUGAACAGCGCCUACAACGUGCUGCUUUACAUUUACAACAGAAACUUAUCUUACGUGAAUGGUUACGCGACCAUCGCCUACAGCAUCACUAUCAACGGCUACUAGCCGUCGAAGUAGCCUCAUUGGAAGACGUAUAUUGGUUAGAAGAUUCACGCGCGAGUAAAAUACUCGGCAAAGAUUGGCAAAUCUGGUCGCAAGCACGCCAAAACCUGCCCACAUCCAAAGCGCAAUUGGAUGCAUUGAAAGCACAACUCUGGUCAACCGUUGUGAAAUCGAGUCAACAUCAAGACGCUUGGACAUGGGGUGGCAUGCUAGUGGUAUCCGUAUCGGUCGCUGGCCUAGUAACGCUAGCCGCCAUGACACAGCCAUCACUGGCGCCUGAAGCGCGCCACUCACUACUACAAUAUGUGACUGGUAAAUAUUUACUGCCGGCCAAUUGUAAAGUGCAAUGGGACUGGAAGGACCCAGCGCCAGUGGGCGGCACAAUGUGCUUCAUUGUACGCUUCUUUCAACGCAACGGACAGCCUUAUCCCAUCUGUGAUACUGAUCAAUUUUUCGUCGAAGUCACCGAGGGUACUCGCAAGGUGGUGACCAUUAGCGAGCUAGGCUCAUCAACAGAUCCGAAUAAUGCAAAUAUUGCCAAAGUGAAAUUUACUGUACGCACAGCGGGACAGUAUAAAAUUUCAGUGCUCAUCGGCUCCAGUCACAUUUCUGGUUCGCCUUUUACCAAAACUUUUGUACCGGGCCCUAUAGACGCGCGUCGAUCGCGCUUUAUACGCCCGGCCAGCACAGUGAUAUGUUGUGCUGGAACGCCGACAAUGUUGCACAUUGAGCCGCGUGAUGAAUUCGGUAAUGCGUGCAACUUCGAGGAUAAUGACGAUCCGGUAAAAGGCUAUCGUGUUGAGAUUUUCGAUUUGAAUGGCGAAACCAUUGAGAAGUUGCAUCACGCCAUUACCUUCACCUAUGACCGCGUGAACACACGUGUUGCCGUGACGGCGCUUUUUCCGGAGCCGCUUUGUCUGCGCGCCGUCAUUAGCUACCUUGAACAGAAGCUACCAAACGGUGAUUUUGACAUCAUCGUGCUGAGUGGUAGCGACAGCACGCUCGUCCAUAAGAAUAUCGCAUCGCGCAAGCAUAACAUUUGUUAUGAAGCCAAAUUGUUGAGCAUUUAUGGCACACCGAAGAGUAAGCCCCGAAAGGUGCUCUGCUAUGUGGGACCCAAACAAAAUUCUCUCAUCUUUCAGGUCACUAUCAAGGAGAUGAUACUGAAAUUUAUACCUAAGCGUAUAGCGACAUUUCGUCUAUGUCCUUCAACUAAAUUUCAUUUUCUGCCGUCCGUGGCUGCACAGCCACAUGGGCCGGUUUUUAUAAUAGACGAUGGCGCACAGCCGAAGAUCGAGUUGGCAUCACGUGACCGCAAUAUCAUAGCGGCUACCUUUACGCAUUUCUUAUUAAAGAACAUCGGCGGUUCAGAGACCUUCAAGGAUAAGCAGGACUUUUUCUAUCAUGAAGUUCGCAAAUUUCAUGCGAGUUACUAUCAUGAGAAGCUCGCGUUGAAAGUGAAUCGAGAGAAGAUUUUAGAGAGCAGCAUGAAGGCGACGAAGGGAUUCUCGGUGUCCGAUUGGUGUGGCAACUUUGAGGUGACAUUUCAAGGAGAACAAGGUAUCGAUUGGGGUGGCUUGCGUCGCGAAUGGUUCGAGCUGGUUUGCAGCGCAUUAUUUGAUCCACGCGGUGGACUCUUCUGUACAUUUCAUGAUAAACAUCAAGCAUUAGUACAUCCAAAUCCACAUCGCCCAUCACAUUUGAAGCUGAAGCAUUUCGAGUUCGCAGGCAAAAUUGUGGGUAAAUGUCUCUAUGAAAGUGCAUUGGGUGGCACAUAUCGACAGCUGGUGCGAGCACGUUUUACACGAUCAUUUUUAGCACAACUCAUUGGUUUGCGUGUGCAUUAUAAGUACUUCGAGCAAGACGAUCCGGAUUUAUAUCUCUCGAAAAUCAAAUAUAUACUCGAUACUGAUUUGGAUGCCACGGACUCGCUGGAAUUGUAUUUUGUUGAAGAGGUCUACGAUACCAGCGGUCAGCUGAGCAAAACUGUUGAAUUAACGCCUAAUGGGUCAAAGGUGCGUGUCUCGAACGCAACAAAAAAUCAAUAUCUCGACGCGUUGGCACAACAGCGGCUCUGUAGCAGUGUUAAGGAGGAGGUUGAUGCCUUUUUAAAGGGUCUCAACGGUAUUAUACCAGAUAAUUUGCUAAGCAUUUUCGAUGAGAACGAAUUGGAGUUACUAAUGUGCGGCACUGGCGAAUAUUCGAUUGCCGACUUCAAGGCACAUCACAUCAUAAAUGGCAAUUCCGCCGAGUUUCGGCGCGUCUUGGCGUGGUUUUGGGCGGCUGUUAGUAAUUUUAGUCAAACCGAAAUGGCGCGCUUAUUGCAAUUUACUACAGGUUGCUCACAAUUGCCACCAGGCGGUUUUCAGGAAUUGAAUCCACAAUUUCAAAUAACAGCGGCGCCAACAUUUGGCAAUCUACCGACGGCGCACACGUGCUUCAAUCAACUCUGCCUGCCGGACUACGAAAGUUACGAGCAAUUUGAAAAAGCACUUCUUUUGGCUAUAAGUGAAGGCAGCGAAGGUUUUGGCAUGGUUUAAGCUUUUGUCAUACUGUCAUCACUAAUCAGUAUACAAAACCGCUAACUAGUCAGCAAUAGUAUGUAAUAGUGAAAAGAAUGUUUACAAAUACAUAUGUAUACAUAUGAAAACAUAAAUAAAUCAGAAAUUGUGUUCCUUUUACGAAUUGUUAUAGAAUACUUAUAGUAAGCCAGUUGAAUUAAAGAAAGUGAAUUCGUUUACUAAUUUAUAUUGCUGUAAUAUAAUGCAAUAAUUGAAAUAAGAAACUAAAAAAGCAAUGAGUAUUCGUAAUGAGAAUAGACCAAUAUCACCAUCAUCAAGUAUUGUGAUAUAUGUAACUUAAAACCAAUUUAGAAAAACAAAGCUAAGAAAUUUUCAACCGAAAAAUUUACAAUUCUUAAGUAUAAUCUGAAGCUAAUUUCAACUCAAUGAUAUUGUCUAAAAAACGAAAUGAAAAUUUGCAGACCAAAAAACACAAACAAAAACUGCAUAUAUACAUAUAUUUCUCUAUGUCGAAAAGUACAUUUUUUAGUAAGUCCGACAUUCGAAUUAGUCAAAUACUCUCAAUCAGUUGGUCAGAUAAAUCACAGCAAAACAGUAAGUUGUUUAUUAGUAAUUUUAGAUUUAAAAAUUUAUCAAAGCAGCAUCAACGGUGCGUUCUUAUAAACAAAUGUACCUUGGAGAGUGAUAGGUAUAGUUACAUACAUAACUUAAAAAUACCCAAAAAUAUUUUUUUAACCCGAAAAGAACUUAU